UGCGCCUAAAAGUUCAUUGUGAAACCUACCCAACGCUAAAAUAGAAAUAAAUUUUUCCCGAAAGAUCGUAGAAAUUCAACGUAUAUUUGCAAACAAAUGUCUCGCUUAAUAUUACUGUCCGUCGUAGCAUUGUCUUCAGUGACAAUACACGCUCUAACAAACAACCUGAUGGAUCUCCUGUACGUCGAUCACAUCGAAUGUAAAUUCAACAAGAACUUAUGCAAAAAUACGAUUUGCUCGACAAAAUUCCACAAUCGUACUGCCAAAUUGGUGACAUUAAAUUGCUUUACAGUGGUUCCCUUCGAGUCGAUCAAAAUUCAGUCAUCUUUGCAUUACCAUUUUACUGGAGGAUAUCGUCAAUUCGCUAUCAACAUUAGAAGCGAUUGGUGUAAGUUUAUGGAUGGUACCGAUAAAUCGAUACUUUUGGAUGUCUUUUUGAAAUACAUCGAUGGAUAUGCCAAUUUUAAUAGAAAAUGCCCAUUAAACGGCAAUUAUUCAGUGGAAAAUUUGCCCAUGAAUGCUCAACUGUUCGGUGGUCAAUUUCUUCCUGCUGGAAAUUAUUACUACCAGACUAUAAUUAAUGUGAAUGGCGAUCAUGGUAUUACGUGGAGAGCAUACUUUAACAUUCCCGCUGGUCGGACUAUUCUGGACGAUGCGAUGGGAAGAUAAAAGCUAUGCAAUUUUGGAAAAAUUUCUACGAUAAUUGAGACACGUUUGAAGAGUAUAUUUUUUAUUGAGAAGUUGGAUUGUAACAUAAAUAAAAAUAAAGAAAAAA